AUGAAUGAGUUAAUGAAAUCGAGGGAUGAAGUUCAGGGGGAGAUAAAUAGACGUGCAAGUGAGAUUGCUGAGCGUCAGAUAGAAGAGGAGGAAAAGAAGAGGAGAGCAUAUGAAGAGACUGAAUCGUUGUUUGCUGCUUGGUUACCGAAGCAUUAUGAGAGUGGAACUGAGAGUGAUUCCGAAGCGGAUUCUUCAGAAGGGUACGAGUAUCAUGUGGAAGAGGAAGGAGAACCCAAGGUUGAAGAGAAGCUUGUUUUGAUACAUCCACGAACUGCUCAAGAAAAAUAUUCCAUUGACUCCGAUGAGAAUCUCCAUGAUGCUUCCAAUGAUGAUGAAGAAGAUGAUGAAAUUGAUGAGGAGGACUCGUCUUCUGGAGAUAGUGAUACUUCUCCAGCUUCAUCGGGCAGCAGUUGCAGUGAACGUUAUUCGGAGGACGAGGAUUGA